CUUUUGGAACUUGCUUAUAAAAUCAUUUUUUGUUAGCUGCAUUUUCAUGGAUAUUAAUGCUCUUUAACUGCAUGCUGUUGUAAUUCACCGGCAACAUUUGAGCAAUUUUGAGAACAAAUGAACCAAGGAUGAAGAAGCUAUUCUGUGGCUGGGACGAUGGACGCUUGUCCACAGCCUCAUCUUCUCCUCCUUGCACGAGAAUAAUUCCCGUUUCCCUUUUGGUUGGUGGUUGCAUCUGGAUGCGUAGAGGAGGAGGAGGAUGCUGAGGCCGAUGCUGGCGUGCUGCAAGCUCUACGUCUCCGAGGGCCGGAGCGCGGCGGCCCUCCGCGCCGUCGAGCAGGCGGCGCGCCGGCACCACCCCGCCGUCGCCCUCGUCAACACCUUUGUCGACGACUCCUACAACCGGGUGGGCUACACGCUCGUCUCCCGCCUCCCCGACCCUGUCGCGCCAGCCGCGCCGGCGACGUGGCCGCUGCACCGCGCCGUGUUCGGCAUGGUCGAGGCCGCGCUCGGCGCCAUCGACCUCGCUGCCCACGCCGGCGCGCACCCGCGGCUCGGCGCCGUCGACCACGUCUGCUUCCACCCCCUCGCCGGGGCCGCCCUCCGCGACGUCGCCUCGCUCGCCGCCGCCGUGGCCGCCGACAUCGGGGACGGCCUCCAAGUGCCGACGUACCUGUACGGCGCGGCGCACCGGGAGGGCCGGACGCUGGCGGCCAUCAGGAGGCAGCUCGGCUACUUCAGGCCCCAGAGCGACGCCGAGUGGCGCGGGCCGCUCCCCGUGACCGCCGACGCGACGGCCCUCGCCGUCGCGCCAGACGCCGGCCCGGACGCGGCGUCGGCGUCCAAGGGCGUGCUGGUGCUGGGGGCGACGGCGUGGGUGGACAACUACAACGUGCCGGUGCGCACCGCCGACGUGGAGGCCGUGCGGCGGGUCGCGCGCCGGGUCAGCGAGCGCGGCGGCGGGCUCCGGUCCGUGCAGGCGAUGGGGCUCGCGCACGGGGACGGCGGCGCCGAGGUCGCGUGCAACCUGCUCGACCCGGGGGCCGUGGGCGCCGAGGAGGUGCAGGGCAUGGUGGAGCGGCUCGCCGGGGAGGAAGGCCUCGCUGUCGGGGAGGGGUACUUCACGGAUUUCUCCCGGGAGAAGAUCGUCCAGCUCUACAUCGAGAAGUCAGCUCAGGCUGAAGCUUGAUUGAUUUCAUUCCCCCUUCCUUUUUUUUUAGCAGAGUGGCAUUAUGGAUUUCGCGUCUGUUGAAAUAUAAUUCUAUCCAAAUGUUAAUAA